CUCGACAGCUGUUACACUAGUUGGACAAGCUAAGUGUUAUUAGGCUCUGAAAGAAGCACAUUUGCAGAGGAAGAUGCUGCUGAUGAAAGUGGGUAGUUGGCUGGUCAUCUGUACAUUAUGGUUCCUCUUACACACCACAAGCACUCAGUUUGCAGACGAGGCCUAUCAAAGUGACUAUCACAUCACAUUUCCCGAACGCAUUGAUGGCAGGCGGGAAAGAAGGGAUUUGUCAACUUCUGAAAAGGGGGGUCACGUUGAUGACGUCUCCUAUCGAGUGAAUACUCCCGAGAAGGACUGGACUCUGGAUAUAAAACGAAAUAAAGAACUUACUUCUCCAUCAUUUGCUGUUCGCACGUUUGCUAAUGAUGGCUCAGAAGUUAUUCACGAGGGUGUUUCUGAUCAUUGCCACUAUCAAGGGUUCAUCCGAGGCUUGGCAGAUUCCACUGUUGUGUUAAACACUUGUUCGGGACUGAGGGGGCUCAUAGAUGAUGGCAAAGAUACAUUUUAUAUUACACCUGAGUCUGGAAGAGAAGGAACUGGGGCCCACAGAGUGUUCCAAGCAAGGGAGGACAAAGCUAAACACAUCCUGAAUAACUGCGGAAACAAAGAGACUCAUGCGGAUUUGCAUUACUUAGAUGAAAAGUCAGGUGCAAUUUCACGGAUACGACGAAGCAUAUCGGGUCACAUUGAUGAAUUCUACAAACCAUUUAUGACAACAGACGAGACACGAUACAAUGAACUGCUAUUGGUUGUAGAUUUUGGAAUGUAUUUGAAACACAACAAUGACACCAAAGUCAUAACAGACCGCGUUAUAACAUUGACAAAUGCUGUUGAUGCCAUUUAUCAGCGGAUAAAUAUCAGGGUAGUACUAAAAGCAUUGGAGAUUUGGACGAAUGGAGACCCUUUUGAGCGUCAAAAUAAAGGAGGACCUGACCUUGGUCGUUUCACCUCGUAUCGAAACGACCAUUUAGUGAAAAAAUUUCCUCAUGAAAACGCACAGUUACUGAGUGAGUGGCGUUGGUCUGACUGUAUUGGCAUGGCUUUCUUAUUUGGGAUGUGUGGCUCUGUAUCAACUGGUGUUAAUAAUUGGGAUUAUGGAAGCAUCAUUGGCCCUUACGUAGUACUGGCCCAUGAAAUGGGUCAUAACUUUGGAUUUAGCCAUGACGAAGGAAGCUGCAAGUGUUUGACCCCAAGAGGAUGUAUCAUGGGUGGUCAUAAGUAUUCUUAUAACAGUUAUUGUGGAAAUGGAAUUCGUGAAGAAGGAGAAGAAUGUGACUGUGGCACUCCUGAGAUGUGUCGGGUCAAGGAUCCCUGUUGAGAGCCUCACCACUGUGUUCUCAAAAAGGAAUCACAGUGCAGCGACCUACACCAUUCAUGCUGCAAAGACUGUUUGUAUAAGAAACAAGGAUCGUUGUGUCGUGGAGUCAAAACGGAUUGUGAUGUUCCGGAAUACUGCACUGGCAAUUCUCGGGAUUGUCCGGAGGAUUCAUAUAUAAUUGAUGGAUAUCCAUGCAAUCAGACUAAGACAACUGUACAAGGAAACACCAACUUUCAUAGCGUAAACCACCGAACCCUGAAUCCAAGGGUACACGCUCGAUAUCUUCGUAUCAAUCCUCAGUACUGGUAUGGUUGGCCUUGUCUAAGAACUGAGUUUCUGGGUUGUUCAGCGGGUGAAGUCAGUCCAACUGCACCAACUCCACUUAAGUCCUACGGUCUUGAUCUUUGCCUCACUCCAACAAACCAGUCUUGUUCACCAAAUGACAACGAUCGCCUAAUAUACAGACCUGGAGAGUGCUCAGAAAGCCAUUUCCAAUUUACACUUGCUGCGGACGGGGUUUUACGUCAUAGUUGCAGUGGGAAAAUGGUGUGUCCUGAGAAUGGUGGCACUGGUAAUGGUGCGAAGAUUGUUGUCAGCAGUACUUGCAAAACUGAAGACUCGAAAUUUGAGCGGACAUCAGCGCGAUCUCUUAAGCAUCUUAAAACCGGGAAAUGCGUCCAUACUAAUGGGGCUUGGCCUGGCGUAGACAGACACAUGGUAUUGUGGUCGGGAUGUGAUGAAAAACGGCUGGAACUAUGGUUUGCAAAGCAAGAAUGUGUAGACCCUCUUGGAAUGCAGAGCGGCGAUAUCAAAGACAAUCAGAUCACUGCGUCUUCAUCCAGACCGGCAGAUCUCCCACACUAUGGUAGAUUGCAUAACAAAAAGUACUGGUGUGCCAAGGAAAAAAACAAAAACGAGUACAUACAGGUGGAUCUUGGACAGGAACGAACGGUGAACAGCAUCUUGAUACAGGGACGUGGAAACUGGUACGACUGGGUGACUGGCUUCUUCUUGUUCUACAGUGAUGAUGGUCAGCGGUGGACUGGUUAUUCAGAGAGUGGAGACAAACAACACUCCAAUUCCAAUUGCUACCGAGGAAAAUGCAGCGAAAUUCACGAAACUCAGUGCAAGGACUUAUGGGGAGCGACCGCCAAAAACGCCGACCUUGGAUGUUAUGACAAACUGAACACUGAAGCUGCUGGAUAUGGUACAUGUGAUCCAGUUACAAAUUCAUCAUGCAAUGCAAGUGACGUUUUGUGCGGCCAACUGCAAUGUGAAGACAGCAGAGAUACACCUGUUGUGGACUACGGGUGGACGUACACUAAGAUCAGUUUGGAUAAUGGGAAGCAAUGCAGUGCUGCAACUUUAAAAUCUAUAGAUGACCUUGGUGAAGGAAUGGUUAGAGAAGGGACAAAAUGUGGAGAUGAUAAGAUGUGUAUAAGUUACAGGUGUCAGUCAUUUGAUUCCCUAAACAUUGGCAAGUGUCCAGUGGCAAACAACAAGGAGUGUGGUGGAAGAGGGGUCUGCACCAACAAAAAGCUGUGUCAUUGUGUGGGAGGAUUUGAUUCUAAAGACGGUUGCGCAUCGGCGCUAGUACCUCGAGAGGGAGCCUGGGGUGAGUGGUCCUCAUGGACUGUGUGUGACAAGGGCUGUGACAGUGGGAAGAGAAGAAGGCAUCGGUUCUGCGACAAUCCCUUCCCUCUACAUGGUGGAGCUGACUGCCUCGGAGAAAGACACGAGACGGAUGAUUGUAACACACAGAGUUGUCCAGUUGUGAUUUCCUGCCACCACUUACGUCAGGUUGGGGACGAACAGAAUCAUUUAUAUCCCGAUGGCGUCUACAAGAUUUACCCCACAGGUUCCCAGCCAAUUAUGGCGUACUGUGAUAUGUCACGUGACGGUGGAGGAUGGACACUAUUGGUUACCAGUCAUACUAACACCUGGACGACACAGAAUCUUAAAUUACGAAACGCAAACUCUCCAAAAGUGACCGAUGAUUACUCCAUCCUGCAGUUUGCAGACAGUAUUAAGGACAAUAUCAACGUGGCUGGUUCUACGUUUGAAUAUCGAUUGGAGGCUCAAAGCCGAGGUCGCUGGGGAGGUAUCUGGGAGGCUCCUAGAGGUUUUACGUUCACAGCUAACAACAACAAACAGACGAAUGUUGAGCUAGUUAAGAAGUUUGACAAUUGGGAAUAUUCAGACAGUGGGAUUGAACAAAGAAUGCCAUGGAUUUCUGAUGCCAGGUUAACAACAUCCCAUCAUGCUUAUCGAAGCUGGUGGGGGACAAUAACAGCGGACGCUAAAGAAUACCACCCCGCGCCUUGGAUCGCUGGUCACCUUAUGGAGCGUCAGCCGUCAUAUAUCUGGUACUGGAUGAGAGAGGGCCCUUAUAAAAUACCUGGUUCCUGUAAAGAAGUAUUUUUCAGAGGAUUGCUGACUAACCCCGUCUCAGAUGGAGUUUUCACAAUUAGACCUCCUGGACAGCAUGAAGUUAAAACAGUUUGUGACUUUACGACCGAAGGAGGGCCCUGGACACUACUUGUGACAAGCAAGACCCACAGUGGGUGGGACAAAGACAAUGUCAAAGAAAGAAACUCAGACAAUCCUUCUUUACAAGAUGACUAUUCCAUACUGGGGCUUGCAGACGCCAUUAAGGACUUUGAUAAAGCUCAGGAAUUCUUUCACUACCGAAUUGAGGCAGACAGCAAAAACCGCUGGGGAGGGAUCUGGGAGGCACCACGUGACUACACAUUCCUGUCCACCUGCGACAAACAAACCAAAGUGAAACUCGUAAAGAAGUUCGAUUCGUGGGACGAGAACAGCAACUUAGGAAAGCGCAUGCCCAGACUGGGACUAUCUAAUAAUCUGUUAUUAGCCAGUGCCUCUACUGUGGACGAACCGUCGGGAUCCUUGGUGCAUAACAGUGGAGCCAGCUCCGCCUCGUAUCUGGAGCAGGAGAAACCAAACCCGAGUGUUGUGAGAUACUGGAUGAGAGAGGGGGCGAGGUUAUCUUGUAACGAUUUGAAAUUACACGGAGUGAGAGCUGGUAACAAGUACGACGAGGAUAGUUUCCAACUGAUGAAAGUCAGUGACGCCCAGUAUCUCCCGGUCUACUGUGAUAUGACAACAGCUAAAGGAGCUUUCACUCUUAUAGUGACAAGUGCUCACAACAACUGGACUAGGGAACAAGUCCCUCGCAGAAAUACCUUAUACCCAGGACUGAAUCGAGAUUACUCCAUCCUAGACUUAGCAGACAGUAUUAAAAGCCUGAACAACAAUGGAACAUUCCAAUACAUGAUGGAUGCUCACUCUAGGCGUCACUGGGGAGGGAUUUUUGAAGCUCCCACAUCUUACAGCUUCAUGGCAUCGGAUUCUUCGCAAACCCAUGUAAAUCUAACGAGGAAGUUUGACAAUUGGGAAUAUUCUUGGUGGAAUUCGUUAAACAAGAGAAUGCCGUGGUUUGACGCCAAAGGAACUCACAACAUGGCUCUGCUGACCACAUCAUACAGCCCCACCCACUACCCGUCGGGUUCGAUCAUUUGGGGGGGCCCUGACCGGUUUCCGUCCGAUUGGAUUUGGGCUGGAGGGAUGAGAAACCCUGGAGUAAUCUGGUACUGGUUAAACGAGGAUGAUUGUGACGAAGAUAGAAAACCAGUAAAUGGUGGACUAACCGAGUGGGGUGAAUGGGGAAGAUGUGACGAACUAUGCGAGCCUGGUAAGCAGCAAAGGUACAAAACAUGCACAAACCCCAAGCGACGUUGUGGUGGAAAACAGUGUGAUCCAAACAUUGCUACACAAGACGAGAGGAACUGCGUUUAUUGCCCCGAAAGUGGAAUACGAAGUUACGGUGACUUCUGUGUGGCCCCAAACGAAGGAGGUUGUUCCCCUCCUGAUGGCAGUUAUCUCAUAUUCACCAAAAAAGAAGGCAUGGCUUGUAAUGCAACCGAUCAGAUUUUUGUUCUUGAUCAAGAUGGCGUUAUUCAUCACAAGUGCAGCAAGAAAGUGGUCUGUCCACAGGACAAUAACCCUACUUACUACAAAAAACUCAUGCUGAAGGAUAAAUGUGAUCUGAGUAUUUCAAGGCACAUGAGGUUGCCGGCUCAUAAUAACCUAAAGAAUUUGAAGCACAAUUUCUGUGUUCAUCCAAAAGGUGGAUGGCCAGGCGAGGGAGUAUAUUUGAAUUACUGGCCAGGGUGUGGCGAGGAAAGGCUGAAACUCAACUUCUUUAAACUUGGUGCCGCAUCGGCCUGAAUUUUAGCGGGGAGAAGUUAUUCACUAACCGGAAAAAAAUAUAUAGAUAUUAGCAUGGCGAUAUGUUACAACUGCCAUGGAAGCUGGGGAAAACUCGAUGAUAGAAAAUAAAGGCUCAAAUUACAACGUU